AUGUCACCCAAGGAAUACAAGCUCAAGGGCGUCACGUCCCUCACCCUCUCCCUCGGCGAUAAGCAGGAAGUCGAGGUCGAGGGCGUCGAGAAUGGCAAGGUUGUUCUCCUCAAUGCGGCCGGUACAGUGCAGGCCGUCGGUGCGAAAUGCACCCAUUAUGGUGCUCCCUUGGCCAAGGGCGUACUUACCAAGUCUGGCUAUCUGAGAUGCCCAUGGCACGGAGCUUGCUUCAACGCAAAGACUGGAGAUGUCGAAGAUGCGCCAGCUCUCGAUGCUCUCCCUGUAUUUGAUGUCGCCGAGCGAGACGGCGCAGUGUACAUCACGGGCGAAGAGUCCGCAAUCAAGAACUCCCGCAGGAGCCCCAACUUCAAAUGCAGCGCUGCUCCAGGAGGUGCACAGGAAGACCCCAUCGUCGUGGUGGGAGGAGGCUCCGGCGCCCUAGGUGCAGUUGAAGGGUUGAGAGAGAAAGGCUACAAGGGCGCUCUCACCGUCAUCAGCAACGAAGGCUACCUACCGAUUGACCGUCCAAAGCUCAGCAAGGCCCUGAUUUCCGACACCAGCAAGAUCGCGUGGAGAGACAAGGCUUGGUUCGAGGCUGGCGGCGUGAAAUGGGUCGAGGGUGAAGUGACUGCCGUCAACUUUUCAGAUCGCAACGUUGAGACCAAGAGCGGCGGCAAGAUUGCUUAUAGCAAACUGAUCCUCGCGACUGGAGGGACACCACGAAAGCUGCCGCUCGAAGGGUUCAAGACCCUGAAUAACAUCUUCACCUUGCGCAAUGCCCAUGACGUCAAGAAGAUUGUCGACACAAUUGGCAGCAAGGGCAAGAACAUUGUCAUUGUCGGAUCCUCCUUCAUCGGUAUGGAGGUUGCCGUUGCGACCGCCGCCGACAACUCCGUCUCUGUGAUCGGCAUGGAGAACGUACCCCUCGAGCGCGUCCUUGGCAAAGAUGUUGGCGCGGGUGUCAAGAAAAUCGUGGAAGGCAAGGGUGUAAAAUUCUACGGUGGUGCCUCGGUGGACAAGGCUGUGCCGUCGGAGUCGGACCCAUCAGCUGUUGGUGCAGUCCUGCUCAAGGAUGGAACCAGACUAGAUGCAGACUUGGUUAUUCUUGGUGUUGGUGUUGCUCCUUCGACGGAAUACCUUAAGGAGAACAGUUCCCUGCAGCUUGAGAAGGAUGGAUCUAUCAAGGUCGACCAACACUUCUCCGUUGUUGGCCAGCAAGGUGUGUACGCGGUCGGAGACAUCGCCACCUACCCCUAUCACGGCCCUGGCGGUGAGGGAAAGCCUGUGCGCAUUGAGCACUGGAACGUUGCUCAGAACGCCGGCCGAGCAGCCGCAACUCAUAUUGUUAGUUCGUCGGUUGAAACCUCUCAGUUCAUCCCUGUGUUUUGGUCAGCCCUUGGCUCGCAGCUGCGAUACUGCGGCAACACCGCAAAUGGCUGGGAUGACCUCGUCCUCGAUGGGAGCCCCGGGGAUGCUAAGUUUGUGGCCUACUACACCAAGGGCGACACGGUCGUGGCCAUGGCAAGCAUGGGUAGAGACCCGCUCAUGGUCCAGAGUGCAGAGCUGAUGAGGUUUGGCAACAUGCCAAGCAAGGCGAAUCUCCAGGCAAACCUUGAUCUCAUGUCUGUGGGAGUUCCUGCGUAG